CUGUAUGCAUGUACAAAAUAUACCAAAAUAUAAAACUAUAAGUACAUGUACAGCAGAUAUUAUCACCGGUGCAGACGAUUUUACGCACAAACAAUCCCCAGGGGAAAAAAAUAAUGUAAUUGUUUUUGUUUUGUUUCAUUAAUAGCUGAGGGGAAACCGAGAGGCCACGGAAUGGAACCCACCUGACCGUCCACCAUCUUGACAUGUUCUGGGAUUAAAGGGCAGAAACAUUGAUGACGAGCGGCUCCCACGGAUGAAUUCAGAUAUUCAGGUGCAAGAGGAAAAAAAAGCCACGCAGGUUUAACCAUCUAUCAAUAAACAUGAAUAUAUUAUUUUGCUUCUAUUUCCUCCCCAACCAUCUGGCGACCUCCAGAAAUGAUCUUGUGACCCCUAUGGAGGGUGGGGACCCCCAGGUUGAGAGUCACAAAUAUAUAUAGAUAUAUAUCUAUACUAUUGAGCACCAGUGGUGUAAAUAAAUGAACGUGUAACUUCCUGGUGGUCCGGUGUGUAGCUGCCCGGACUUGGCUACAGUAAAAACAUUUCAUUUCCCGGAUCAUGUCAUUUACUACUGUCGGCGCCGCUCACGUGUUCACGUGUUCCGGCGAGUGGAUGCCGACUUUCACGAGGCGCACCUGAACGCAGCGGCGGCGGCGGCGGGCACAUUCCGCUGCCCCGUGAGUGGAGGAGGAGGCGGAGUCUUGAGCAGCGGCCGGGUCCGCCAAUCAGCGGGCGGGACCCCUGAGCUCCGAGCCCCGCCCCCCCUCUCCAUGCUCCUCCCCCCACUGCUGCCGUGCGUGGACCGUCGGCACAUUCCUCUUAUUCCCGGGACUCGACGGCGACGCGACGCCGCCAAAAACGCCGCGGAUUUCCACAUCAACUCAUGACACCACCCGAGGACACGUAAGGGCGAUGCUGGGUCGCGGCGUGAAGCGAAAGUGGAGCUGCCUGGAGGAGCUGGAGGCGGAGGCGGCGCCUGCUGCUGUGACGGAGGAGAAGCAGCAGCAGCAGCAGCAGCGUGCGGAGGGGGAGGAGGACGGCGGGGAGGACGAGGGCGGGCUCCCCGCGGCGCCGCCCAAGUCCGAGACGAGCCACCUGCAGCAGCGGCAGCUGGUGCUCGGCCUCUGCCUGGAGAAGCUGCAGCACUACCAGGCCGGCGUGGAGCUCAGCCUCCGCCGCUCGGUGCUGCUCGUCAACACGCUCCGGCAGAUCCAGGAGGACAUGCGGAGCGACGGGCCGGGAACCUGCGUCCACCCGGACUCCUGCCUGCUCCGGGGCGACCUCAGGCGGGACAUGCCGGUCACGUGCCCCGGCUGUGCAGAAGGCGUCGGGGGCCACCUGCCUCUGUCUUCCCCCCCUGAGUUCCCCCCACAGGAGGCAGACGGCUCGCACGACCCGCAGAAAUCCCUGCCCGCCGCCGCCGCUGCCACCGCCACCGCCACCGCCACCAUCAGCGCUUUCAGCGACGCAGUGAACGCCAUGGGCUACCUCGGCGACCUCGCCCUGGACGACAUCUUCGAGGACAUCGACACGUCGAUGUACGAGACCUCGGACCUGCCCUCGGCCUGGCCGACGGGCUCGCCGUGGCCCGUCGGCGUGUCGCUGUGGGCGGACGAGGACGUGAAACUGCGCGCUGCCGGCCACGGGAGCUCGUCCGGGAGUCUGCAGUCGUGUCUCCUGGACCUGAACGAGCUCGACCACAUCAUGGAGAUUCUGGUCCAGUCUUGACGGACUCGUGGAACGUUUACUGCACUCGUGGAUCUGAUGGCGGCUCCUCCGAGGGGAGGACGCUGCCAUCGGACGCGGUGACGCCGGAUCUUUUCUGGCUCCAUCUGACAUUUUGCUGGAGAGAUGUUUUAAAACUUCAGCUGAUGUGAGGAAAAGGUCCACUUUUUGAAAACACUUUUGCACUGUUUUUUUUGUGGGAGAACUGAAAAUUUCAAUUUUCAAUUUUGAUAAUCCAUAACUUAAUUAAGUAAUAUGUCAAGCAAAAAAAACAAACUGAUUCUAGCUUUUCCAUUGACAAUCUUCUGAUUUAAAAAAACCCGACUAUUUUCCGUCAUUUUAAAGACCAAAUUAUUAAUCAAUCAUUAUUAAUCAAUUAAAAUAAAAACAUUCUUCGAUUGUAGCUUUACAGCAAUCAGACGUGAUUCUAAGGCAUCUUAGAAGAGAUGGAAAGAUUCUACAGAGACAAGACCAGGGCAGCUUUCCAUCGUAAAAAAAAAACAGGUCUUUUGAACAAUCUGUACAGUAACAGUAGAUGAAGCUCAUCCACACAAAGUCAAUACACCAAAAGAACAUUGCAGCACUUGUGAGGAAAGUGUUGUAACUUCACAUGUAACAGAGUAAGAGUUCUCAAGGUGCAUUUUUUUCCCCGUAAGUGCAGGUGGAACUUUACGUUUCUUGUGUUUAUGCCACUUUAAAAAAACAUUUUUUAAGUACGUAUUUUUUCAAUGUAAAAGCAGCAGCAGCACAUCUGAGUGACUCAGGAAGAAGGAACCCGAGCCGCCGUCGACCGGCGCCGCUUGCGCGUCUCUCAGGCUCUUGAAUCAGACCUGGGGUUGAUUAUUAAUCAUGAAAUAUAUCCCUUCAACAUCUGAAGCGGGUGUGCUUCAGCCGGGAGGGCGAAGGCCCGGGUCUCCCUUCGGCUCCGGGGACUGAAUGGAUGUUUCAACGCUCCAUGUAGGAACUUUGAAUCAGAAACGGACCGAGGGCCGACGUCCGUGGCCGAUGAAUUCUGGGGGGAUUUAGCCAAAGAAGAGAGCGUCCGAUCUCAGGGGAAUCGAACGCGCCGCCGCCGCUCACGUCGAAUCACAAGAGGCGGGAAAAUAAGCCGGCGUCUAGGCCCGAUUGGAGAAAGCGUAAAAAAAUGGAAUGCCUUUACCUAAUAUUAUUCUUAUUUAUGAAUGAAAACAGAUUUUUUAAACUUGUGCUUCUGUCUGUUGUUUGGGUGCGAGUGUAAUUCAUGGUUCAGAUUCUUCGUGGACUGUCGGCGUGUGAUGAUUGACGCCACGUCCGUUUGGACAAAACCGUAUUCACGGUAACUCCAGCGUGGCUCUGAAGGCAGCGUAUCAUGUGUUUUGUUUGUUUGUUCAAAUAGAAAUGUAAUCCCAGUCUGGUUCUGACUCCCAUCGCCUCGAGUCGACGAUCAGGACGACUUUGCCACGUCGCGGAAUUGUAACUGACAACAGACGCCUAAUGUAUUUUUCUUAACGGCCUUACAGCGAUGAUGUCAUGUUUUAUACGUGUUUUCUACCUGAAACUCCCAACUUCCUGUCCCGGAGGAAAGCGAGAGGAAGCGACCGGAAGGUCGCGAUUGAACUGCGCGCUAGUUGUGACCUUCACUUUCCUGCAGGGUUUUUUUUUUAACUUCCUGUUCUACCUCCGUGUGCGUCGGUUACACCAGGACACACUCCCGCGCGCCAUAGAUCUGACGUGACCGACGGACACAAGUCAGCGUCGUUCAUUUCACCGCUCGAUCUCCAGGCCUGAUAAUCUCGCCCCUAAUCCGCCCUCGUCUUGGUCUCUGGGUCUCACGUGGACAACGUGCCUUACUAUCCCCAACCGGCAGGUCUUUCCACUCGGGCUGUUUGUGGCCCCGUCUGCGAGAUCGAGCUCCAUUGAUAAAAGCCUUAAGAACUGUGGCGGCGGGGGGGUCGUUACGUAAACGCACCGAGAGCUUCCUCUUUCCUUUUUCUAGUCCACGCUCGGUGAACACUGCUGCCACAUGAGCCUGAUGCAUCCUGACGGGCCGACAGCGAACUAGCCGAGGGAGGAGGUGGCAGCCGGAGCCAGGAGGGGGGGGGGGGGGGAUAAGUGGUGGUGGUGGAUGUGGAGGAGGAGGAGGAGGAGGAGGAAGAGGAGGAGGAGGGAGGAAGAGGCUUUUGCGUCACUCGAUCAGCGGGAGGAGUUUAGAGCUUGUUUUUUGCCCCUGGACUCAGACACGAGCACCAAUCGCAGGAGACGUAGGCGGAGACACACACACACACACACACACCACUGGCUGCUUCGACGACAACUUGUUUUUUCUCUCUCUCCGCUCCUGAUGCACAGACACAGUGUGGAUCAGCUGGAUCUCAGCCUUGCGAAAUAAAACCACUUCUGUUCCCCCCCCCCCCCGCUUAUAUAAUCUGUCAAGACCGACGGACUGACGU